GCUUCUCGUCGAUCGGACCUAUCAUCGAGUCGAAAGAUGGAAAAUUCGUACAGCGUAGCCAAGCGAGGCCAGUUUCCCUAUAAUUUUCCAUGUGUCCUUUUCUCGCGUGUACCGGCUUGAGGUUAACGACCUGGCACGGCGGAGGCCGAUUGUGGACAUUCGUAAAGGCAGCAGGCAAGAUUGGCGAGGGCGAGAGCCAACAACGAACACAGGCCAAGAGAACUCACGCACUCACGCUCUUCGCUUUUUGUUCUUCUCCCUCGAUUCUCUGCUCUCUUUUUCUCUCUGCCCGCACCGCGCUCUCGUCGCUCAUCUUUUUCCAUCUCGUCACGGUGACCACGUGCGUAUAUAACGUAUGUGAACAUGUACACGCACACUACCUUGCAGCAUCAUUCAGGCAGGCACCUAAAAUUAGCGAGGGAGUAUAUGGCCUAAAGAAAUUUGUGGCUCGAGGUCGGAAGGAAUCUAACAUGUUGACUACCCAUAAUGGUUAUCAGUAG